GUCGGAAGUCGUCUCUCGUCAGUCUUCAAUCGUUUGUUUCAUUCUUUGCGGCUCGUCGUCAAAAACCUCUCUUUCUUCUUCGCACUCGCAGUUUUGGAAGUUGGACAGCACGAUGAGAGACUCGGGUGAAAUGGAAGCCACAGCGCCUCACGUUGCUGCGUCACAAAGGCGAGUUGUCUUUGAUCAUGUCCACGAUCGGGGGGAUGACGAGUUGGAGGAAAGCCAAGCCAUGAUGGUGCGUCGCGGAACGCCCCAUCCAAGCAAGCGAUUCAAAGGCCCCGAAAAUGACGAAGGAGCCUCGAUUUUUGAUGGAGCUGCGGUGCUUCCUCCACCACAGUUCGGUACAGAGGAGACAGCUCAUGGGGGUGACCACCACGACAAAGACGACCGAAACCAAACGGUCGACUUUGACAACGACGGCGUCGAGGAGGAGGAUGAAGAAGAGGGAAACGCCACUGGCAACCACUACCGUGGAGAACAGAAAGAACGUGAGAGCCGCGAGGAGGAAAAUCAAGACGAAAACGUUGACAACGAGGAGGAGCAUGAUCAACCCACCGAAGAGGAGAAGGAGGCAGAGGAGCAGUGGAAUGCGUUCGUCGCACAGAAGAAGUCGGAAGGGUCCGUGCCGUACAAUCUCCAGCAAUUCUUGAACGGGCAGCAACGCUGGGCCGACGCCACUCAACGAUUGCGGGCCGCGCACCAGACAUUUGAAGGCAAGAUGGGAUCCAAGAUCCAUGAAUUUCUUGAAUGGGUCGAAGGCGAAUACAAAAGCAAGCAGGGCAAACUCGAACGCCUUUCAGACAAAACAAAGAAACAACUGAUUCACAAUCACAAGCAACGAACCGAGCUUACCAAUGCGAUGCACAGGGCUGAUGACGAUUGGCACAACACACGCGAAAAUUUGUUGGCCCGUAUUCAUGGUAUCCCAGCUCCUGUAGAAGAUGAAGCAGACGCAGAGACCCAGGAGAAGGUGUCUCAGGACGAAGACGAGCAUCAACCCGAUAACGAAGACAGUUCUACGAGCAACGGUACAGGUACAAACGACGAUGGCGAGAUUACGAAAGAAAUGAUCGUCGAGCCGCAUGAAGAGCGUGCAGAUUUGUGCCGUCGCUACGAGGAAGCAGUCACUCGCAUGACUGAAAUCCAAGAAAAGUUCUUGAAGGUCCUCGAAGAAUCUCGGGACGAGUUGGUCCAAAAGGUUGAACACUUGCUGCAGAUGGUCGAAGAAAUCCACCAGAAGCAAGCAACUGAGAUUGCCGAGACGGAAUCUCACAUUCAAAAGACGAUGGUGGACAACCACCUUCUGACCGAAGAGAUGGAAAAGCACGCGAAGGAGGAAAGCCAACGUCGGCAAGCGUUCUUUUCCAGCAGAUUGGAGAUGUUUACUUCCAGUGUCAAGAACGCCACGGCCACUAAAGUAGGUGUUGAAGCAACGCUUUAGCCAAGCUCAUCGAUUCGAUCAGCUCCAGCGCAUCGCCACUCAGUGAUCGGGGGUGUGCUUGUGUGUUUGUGGCUGCUUGUGCGAUGGUUUCUGUUUCGUUCAGAGUGUCUUCCUUUUUUCUCGACGGUGACGACACCCGGUGCCUGCGGCCGCAGGUAACAAUGGAGCAACGGGACGAAAGCGAUCGCGGGUUGUCAGGCCUCGACCAUACAGACUUGGAUGCGGCCUUAGAGAAACAUGUAAAAUCAUUGCUAAAAAACAAGCCGCCUAUCAUGGUCGUUUGUGUCGUUCCAAAAACUAAUCCGAUGAGCGGAGAGCCAACC